AUAACUGCCUCAAGUCCUCGUUCGAUGCAUACUUAUGAUAUAACUCGCACCUUUUUUAAUAUUAUUCACCAUUUUUACAAAACGUUUUAACAAUUACGUAAUUUAUCUUUGUGUUUAUAUUUAUCUGUAUAACUUCAAAAUGAAGAAUAUGUUCAAAGUGUGGAUCGUUGCUGUGGUGUUUGCGAUAGUUUUGUCGGCAGUGUACAGCCAUGUUACACCAUCGGAACAGUGCCCGGGAGAAUCGUUCGAGGAUUUGCAGGAAAGGAUCCAAGUGACGCCGUGCGGCAAAACUCGCUGUAAACUCCCGAAGAACACCAACAUCACCGUUGUAUUCAAAUUUACUCCAAAAAAAGUUGUCAAGUCGAUUACGAACGAAGUUUUCGCUAACAUCGCCGGUGUGCCUUUACCAUUCAUUGGCGUCGAUGGGACGGAUGCGUGCGGGAACGUGAAGCGCGCCGACACUCAAGAGGCCGUGGCGUGCCCCCUGCCUGCUGACCAAGACUACGUCUACACCAACGUGUUCCCGGUACAGCCCUUCUACCCCGCCGUCAACCUUAGAGUCCACUGGAAUCUCAAGGACGGUAAAAAAAGCUUAAUAUGUUUUGAAGUACCAGCAGUGAUUACAGCUGGGAAGAAAAAUUAAGUUACGUUAACGUAGUCAAACAAUCAUACUGAUUGAAUUACAAUGAACCAAAACUAUUAUGCCGACCUGGA